CCGCGCAUGCUCAGACGAGCGCUCUCCCGGUGUGAAGAUGGUGUCUGUCAGGAUGCAGUCGUGUGUGUUGUCAGUUUUACUCCUCAACGUGUUCUCCACUUUCGUCUCCUCUUUGUACUUUCACAUCGGAGAGACGGAGAAGAAAUGUUUCAUAGAGGAAAUCCCGGACGAGACGAUGAUUAUCGGUAAUUAUCGGACUCAGCUGUAUGAUAAACAGAGGGAGGAGUACCUGCCCGCCACUCAGGGUCUGGGCAUGUUCGUGGAAGUCAAAGAUCCCGAUGACAAGGUGAUUCUGUCUCGUCAGUACGGCUCCGAGGGAAGAUUCACCUUCACAUCACACACACCUGGAGAACAUCAGAUCUGUCUGCACUCCAACUCCUCCAAGUUCUCCCUGUUUGCUGGAGGCAUGCUGAGGGUUCACCUGGACAUCCAGGUGGGCGAACACGCCAACAACUACGCCGAGAUCGCUGCCAAAGACAAACUGACGGAGCUGCAGCUGAGAGUCCGGCAGCUGGUGGAGCAGGUGGACCAGAUCCAGAAGGAGCAGAACUACCAGAGGUACCGUGAGGAGCGCUUCCGUCAGACCAGCGAGAGCACCAACCAGCGGGUCCUCUGGUGGUCCAUCGUCCAGACCCUGAUCCUGGUGGCCAUCGGCAUCUGGCAGAUGAGACACCUCAAGAGCUUCUUCGAGGCCAAGAAGCUGGUGUAACUUUUCUCCUGGAGGAGAGUCUGAGUAUGUGUGCGAGUGUGCGUGUGUGUCUGUGUGUGUGAGUGUGAGUGUGUUUGGUCUCUACUGAUUGAUGCAGUACUGAGCGGCGGCGGUCGCUGCUGUCGGAUAAACUGAGGAGACGGGACGCAGAGAAAUCCAGCUGCACAAUUCGGCUCGAAAACGACAUCUUCAUUCUCAUUCGUCAUUAUUUUUAAUGUUCCUCUUGUUUUCCUCACACACCCUGUUUGUAAUGAGCCCCUCACAUUUGCAGUAGACUAUCAGGGAAAAUGUGAAUCUAUUUAUUACGCAGGUCGAUUUGUUCCAGAGCAGGAAAAUGGUUUUCCCUUUUUGAUUUGGUCUAGAAUUUGCCUCAUGUUCUAUGUUCCUGUUGAAACUGAAGGUCAUCUGCACCAGGACACAUGAACUAAACCAGUGUACGUCUGCCAGGCAGUUAGAGUCAUUUAUAUGACGUGUGGGUUUUUUCAUAUCAUUCUUAAUUUGCCCUUUUUCUUUCUUGUUACUCACUGCGAGUACUCGACGUGUUACUGGUCAGGUUUACAUGAAAUGUCGGUUUGAAGCUGUUAAUUUGCUCCGUGGCCUCUGAGUGACGGCAGGAAAUAUAAUCUGGAUUCAUUUGUGAAAUAGUUUUGUGAUAUUUUUUCUUCAUCCUCCAACAUCAGAUCAGCUGAUUUUCAUCUGCAACAAAACUAAAUAAACAGGGGUCAAAAAUAAUCAGUGAAGUGAUCAUUAGUUGUUACUGCCAAAGCCUCAUACUCCAUUUUAAUAAUGCAAACUCAAAGAAAAGCAGCUUCAAUUGCAGGUUUUUUUAAACAUACUUUGCUUCAUUUUUUGUGUAUGCGGAGGAUUUAUUAUUUUUCAAGCACAAAUGCCAAAUAUUCGAUGGUUAAAGCUCCUCAGAUGUGACUUUGAUGCUUUGACAAACAACAGCCACUGACCUAACAUUGUGUUGUAGGAUUUUGUGACAGACAUUCACUCUUUUCUGAAGCGCAGCAAUUAAUUAUUAAAUAUAGAUGAAUCGAUAAUGAAAGUAACGUGUAGCUGCAGCUCUGAUUCUUUAAGCCUGAGCUGAGGACAGCUUUAUGAGUGUCUCUUCCAAACUUUCCUUCCAGUGCUGUUUCUGUUUGUUUGGUCUGACCUGACUUCACAUCCUGUUAAACUGUCCCCUCUGUUCAUGGCUAAAUAUCUGAGGACAUGCACAACCAACUCGUCCUCAGGGAGGACAGGAUGUGCAGCCGUUCUGUGAUGUACAUUAUGUACAUUAAUGGUGUCAGCGUCCUGACUGAUGAGCUCUGUUUGGCUCUUUGCUUGUUCUGUCAUGUGAGCAGAAUGUAGGCUUCAGUGCCAACAUUACCUGUGAUGUUACCAGGCCUCACCUGAUCAGCUCUGUAGCAGUCGUUCUUCCUUGAAGUAAAACGGCUUCAUGUUCGGACUUCAGCAGUUACAUCAGAUGCACCAUGAACCACAAACAGCUUUUCCUUCUGACACUAAAAUCAAGUCUAGUCCACAUUAAACAGGUGAAGGUGGAGGUGGUGUUGAAGUAAACAUUUUGGUCACUGUGACAGCGUUGCUCUCAGCUCUGUGUGGUGAGCCGACCAGAAGAGCCAGCUCUCUGUUUGUUACUGUGUGCGUUUGAGUGAAUCUACGUUUUUACCGUGUCCAGACUGAAUGUAAGUUUCUGUUGACCUGAUUCUGGCUUGAUGUUGCUCUGCAGGUGGAGGUGGAGGAAGAAUAUUCUGAAUCUUCUGGUAUUAAUACAUAUUCGGCACAUUGAGGCGUCCAUUCAUCCUGUUGCUCGAUAGUUUUUAUUAGUUGCUUCCAACGCUGCCAGAGAUGCCUCCUCAGUUUUCAUACUGAAAACCAGCCACUUAAAGGAAAGAAGGACUGAACAAAACCUUGUUCUGCUCUCUGCCGGCUGUUUCCCUGUUAAUUUGAAUGAUUAAAAGCUAAUUUAAUGAAGCCACACAUCUUUAAAACGACCCAAAAAGUCCUUUAUAGACGCCUCAGCACUGCUUCACCACCAGCUCCAGAAACUGGCUGGCUGAUCUUUACCUCGAGACUUCACCCACUUCAGGUGUAGUACAACAAAAACACAGAUCACUAACUGUCGUAUGAAGCUGACUUUAUGUUCUCAGACUCUUACAGAGCUAAAUCCAAAGCUACAAAGACCUGAACUGCUAAAAGCUCAGCUCCCACCAUGAGUUUGUUCAGUGAGAAAGAGCAGUAAAAUGGUUUCUGUGGAAUAAACCAGAAUCUGAGGAGUCCGUCAGGCAGUUUAUUCUUACUUUUCAGUUUUCUUUGUCCUCACUUAAUAAGAUUUUGUUGCGCUUUUUAUUCUCUGGUGGUUUGUGUUUAACAGUUUGUGUUGCUGGUAGGUUUCAGAUUUCAGAAAUGUUUCUGGGUUUAGAUUUUUAAAUCGUUGGUAAAGGUUGUAGGCUGGAAGAGGGGCUUGAAUUUAUUUUAUGUUUAGAGAGAUUCUGUCCAUGUGAAAUCUGUCUAAAAUUGCACUCAAAAUAAAAGUUUUGUCACAUUUGA